AGCCGGGUCGCAGGCUGACAGCCAGCCAAUCAGCGUGCGAACGGCGGCCGGUGCGCGCGGGAGGCGGAGCGUUCCGCAAAGCGGAGCGUUGGCGCUGCGGGGAGCGCGGCGGGUUGAAUAUUUGAAGAAUCCAGAGGCUUUCUGACUGAAAAGACUUCCAUCUCCCAUCAAUAAAUCUCAGCCAUGAUUCAUAGUCUUUUCUUGAUCAACUCCUCUGGAGACAUUUUCUUGGAGAAACACUGGAAAAGUGUGGUCAGCCGUUCUGUUUGUGAUUACUUUUUUGAGGCACAGGAGAGAGCUACUGAGGCAGAAAAUGUGCCUCCAGUCAUCCCUACCCCUCAUCACUAUCUCCUAAGUGUUUACCGCCACAAGAUCUUCUUUGUGGCAGUGAUCCAGACGGAGGUCCCACCUCUGUUUGUCAUUGAGUUCCUUCACCGAGUAGUGGACACAUUCCAGGACUAUUUUGGAGUCUGUUCAGAGCCAGUGAUCAAAGACAAUGUGGUUGUGGUUUAUGAGGUAUUGGAAGAGAUGCUUGACAAUGGGUUUCCGUUGGCUACUGAGUCAAACAUCCUCAAAGAACUGAUAAAGCCUCCCACUAUCCUUCGAACAGUGGUCAACACCAUAACAGGAAGCACCAAUGUGGGGGACCAGCUGCCAACUGGGCAGCUGUCGGUGGUGCCCUGGCGACGCACUGGGGUGAAGUACACCAACAACGAGGCCUACUUCGAUGUGAUUGAAGAGAUCGAUGCCAUCAUUGACAAAUCAGGCUCCACAGUGGCUGCUGAGAUCCAGGGUGUGAUAGAUGCUUGUGUCAAGCUGACAGGGAUGCCAGACCUCACCCUUUCCUUCAUGAAUCCCAGGCUGCUGGAUGAUGUCAGCUUCCAUCCUUGUGUUCGUUUCAAGCGCUGGGAAUCCGAACGAAUCCUCUCCUUUAUCCCUCCAGAUGGGAACUUCCGCCUGCUCUCCUACCACGUCAGUGCACAGAACCUGGUUGCAAUCCCAGUGUAUGUCAAACAUAGUAUCAAUUUCCGGGACAGCAGUUCACUUGGACGUUUUGAAAUAACAGUGGGACCCAAACAGACCAUGGGGAAGACCAUAGAGGGAGUGAUUGUCACCAGUCAGAUGCCCAGAGGAGUCCUGAAUAUGAGCCUGUCUCCAUCCCAGGGGGCACACACAUUUGACCCUGUGACAAAGAUGCUGUCUUGGGAUGUAGGGAAAAUAAAUCCUCAGAAGUUACCAAGUUUAAAGGGGACCAUGAGUCUUCAGGCUGGAACUUCCAAGCCGGAUGAGAACCCCACAAUUAACCUGCAGUUUAAGAUCCAGCAGCUGGCCAUUUCUGGACUCAAAGUGAACCGGCUGGAUAUGUAUGGAGAAAAGUACAAGCCCUUCAAGGGCAUAAAAUACAUGACCAAAGCUGGAAAGUUCCAAGUUCGAACCUGAAAGGAGAGUCUUGCCAAUGAGCAGUCAUAAACACUUUUGUCAUUUCUUACUUGUCUAAAAAUAUCAGCCUGUCUUUUAGGUCAGUGCCCUCCGGGGCCCACUGGCUCCCUUGGUUUCCCCAGCCUUCAGUGCUAUGGAACUAAUCAAGGGAGAAAAGGGUCACCAGGGAGAUCUUGGCAGAACUGAAACUGAGCACCAGCUCCAUCCUGGAGACGAGGUGUGUGAUGGAGGGAAGCCGUACCUGACACUGGAUUUAGCACUUGUAGAAGAAGACCAGCGUUUGUUUGUUACUUGCUUGGCUUUAGUAUCUAAAGCCAAUGAAAGAUAUCUUGAUUUUUUUUAAGGUAGAAAGUUUGGAAGAAGAAGAAAAUCAAUGUUAGUUAAGGAAAAGCCAGUUAAAGAUUUCGUGUUGGGCCGGGGAUGUGACUCAGUGAUAGAGCCCCUUGCCUAGCAUGUGUGAGGCCUUUGUUCAUCCCUAGCAACACAUGCGAUGUAAAAUAAAUUUGAUCUAUGAGAGAGAAGAAAGAGGGAGACUAAUUGUGAGGAGAUGUACUAAAAUGUAUGGCCAGUAAGAAACGAGCACAUGAAGGAAGGAUUGGGAGAAUAAAGCUGAGUUGGUUUCUUACUGAUCCUUCUAAUGUGUAAAAAUCAUUUGUACUUGUUGAAAUUAACUGGAGAAUUCUUAAAUUCAAGUCUACUGUUGACAUGGAAAACUCCAGUAGAAUCAGAGUUCACCUUAAAGACUGUGGUGAUACUGGACUAGCUCUUCAUUCUAAUUUUUGAUUGCCUUUAGUAUGUAGCUUGUCAUCUUUAGUGAGAAGAUCACCCGUCUGCCCAAAACUGUUCCCCUCACUUCAGGGUUCACAGUUCACAGUCCUUUCUGGUUACCUGACACUUGCCCAUGGUUUUCAAAAGUAGGAGACUUUCAGUGACACCAGCCUUUAUGCAUCAUAGUAUUGGAGUAGAAACAGCAAGUCAUUUCCCAUAAAGGUGUUCCUCACCUGAAACCAGUGAUCUCAUAUCUACGUUUAUUGGUGCUGGACUGGCCCCUGUCCUAAGGCUGCCUGUCUGAGAAUUUAAUAUGAGGAGCCCUAGGUAAAAAGAGCAUUGAAGGGCUGGGAAUGCGGCCCAGUGGUCAAGUGCUCGCCUCGUAUAUGUGAAGCGCUGGGUUCAAUUGCUCAGCACCACACGUAAAGAAAAGGCCAGAAAUAGCACUGUGGCUCAAGUGGCAGAGUGCUAGCCUUGAGCAAAAAGAAGCCAGGAACAGUGCUCAGGCCCUGACUUCAAGCCCCAGGACUGGCAAAAAAGAAAAAAAGAAGCAUUGAGGGCAUGAGACUCUGGAAGUUGCUUGGUAAACUUAUCAUUUCCUUAUAUUCUUACUUUGUAAUGUAUGUAUUAAUGAUAGAUACCUAUCAGUCCAGUUUUCUUUAGAAACAAAAAAAUCUCCUGAAUCUUUUACUAUGAUUAAUGCUAUAAGAUAAUGGUCCAUGUGGAUUAUAUUUAGUGAACUUGGCAAUUUAAGGAACAUUUAAGGCUUUCCCACAGAGUAAUUUUUCCUUCACUGAUGUUCAUCAUGCACUUACCUGUCUACACAAAAGGCAGGUUUUUGUUUUUGCGUUAAAACCAUAGCUUAGGGAACAGUGUUGUGCUCUGCAUUGUGCAUGGAGAAAAAGGAAAUCUGUGUUCUCCAGACCAUAGAAAUUUCCCCUAAAGUCCUAUUUCCAAAUUCUUAUGCAAAUUUUUUGCUAGUUUAAUCUUGUUACUCCUAUGACUUAGUUUUGCUGCAGAGUAAUGUUGGUUUGUGGCUUUCCUCUGGGAUAAACUGCUGUAUGAACCAGUUGUGAUUCCUGCUGUGUCACUUCAGAAUUACUAUGCCUGUACACACACCUCUCUUGCAAUGGGAAACAUCUCUGCAUGUGGAUUCAGAAUGCUGGGAAUCACUUCUGAGGGCUCCCAGGUCGCAGGAGACAAUGAGCCUUUGGUUCCUACAAGUGCAACUAUUUUACUUCUCUAGGGCAGUGCAUCCUAUUCAAGGGCUGGACCUGGGAAGAAAUAGUGUCUGCAGUAUGAGAACUGUACCCACGCACAUGUAACGUAACGUCUUGAUAUGGAUGUAGUUGCAGCUGAGUGUCUCUGCCACCACCUAACAGCAUUCGUUCAGUUCCAUGUGAGCACUGUACACAGAUGCUUCUGUUUAAGUCCUAAUAAAGUUGAGCUGUACCAGUUUUCUGUUGCCCAAGUGUCCUGGGACAGGGCCAUCAUGAACUCUGCCAGAUACCACUCUGUAGAUCCAGUGAGGAGUUUGUUUGAAGAGACCCCAAGCCACAUAGAAAGUUUGAAUCUCUACCCACCUCCCGAGGAUGGAGAAUGUUGGUGUUGCUGUCAUUUCUAAGGUUGUGGGAACUAUGGUUCAGAU